UUCUCCACAAACAUGGCCGCGCCCGUGGCUCUCAGACGUGAAGCGCUCUCCCUGACAAGGAUAUUCAGCGGAUUCUCACGUGUGGGACCAAGAUGUCUGAGAACCUCAUCGAAUAUCAGGAUACAUACUUUAACACGGUUUCAGGUCCCUCGGACUCCCAGCUCUUCCUUCCAUUCAACAGCAACGUUCUCCUCCACUCCGUCAGCAAUUACAGUCACAGAAGAGCCAGACACUUUGUUCCAGAAAGUUUCCAUUUUGGUCAAAUGCCAUGAUAGAGCAGUGUUGGACAGCUAUGAGUUCUUUGCCACCAUGGCGGCGAGCGAGCUGGGCAUCACCAUCAGCAAAGUUUUCGAACCAAAAAAGGACAUCGAGAGGAUGACGCUCCUGAAGUCAGUCCACAUCUUCAAGAAGCACAGAGUCCAGUAUGAGAUGAGAACGCACUACCGCUGCAUCGAGCUUUCUCACCUAACAGGCAGCACAGCCCGGGUGUACCUGGAGUACAUCCAGAGGAACCUCCCUGAAGGCGUAGCCAUGGAGGUGACCAAGACUGCCAUGGAGAAAGUCCCAGAUCACAUCCUUGAGCCCAUGUGGAAAGACGAGCCUACCGAUGACAAACCCAGCCCGUGAAGCUGCCCUGACCGAAAGAUGUUUAAAUAAAUGUUUUCCCCUCUGAAUGUUGUUCAAUAAAAGCAAUAUAAAAAAAC